ACACAUUCCUAAUUUCGAAAGAAAUAGCUGAAUUUUUAUCCAACAGAUAACAGAUAACAGAUAACAGAUAACAGAAAACAAGAGGGAGAGGAGGAGAAGGGGAGAGGGAGACCCAACAUCAAACACCAGCCAACCCAAACCGACCCAAGCCAUGGCUUCCGCCACCAACGCCUUGCUCUCUUCCAAUUUCUUCGGAACCACCACAAUCCUCCACUCUCCUCCCACCCCUAAAACCACCUCUAAAUCCAAAUCAUCCCUCCCACUUCCCCUGCCCUUCUUCUCCCAGCGAAAGCUUUUCGCCACCAAAAACAUCUUCAACUCUAAACCCGAUUCACAGCCAUUCAAAUCAGCAACUUCCCAAGCCACUUUAGCCGCCUUGCUCUUCUCUUUUCUCACGCCACAACGCGCCCUAGCCAUAGACAACACGCCCACUCCCACUCCCACUCCGCCACUUGUGCUCCAAGCCCAGCCUUCCAAACCUAACGCCUCCUCUCCUUUCUCCCAAAACCUCCUCCUCAACGCCCCUAAGCCCCAAUCCCAGGUCACCACUGACCUCCCCGAAGGCAGCCAAUGGCGCUACAGCGAGUUCCUCAACGCCGUCAAGAAGGGCAAGGUCGAGAGAGUCAGGUUCGUCAAAGACGGUUCUGCCCUUCAGCUAACUGCCGUCGAUGGCCGCCGCGCCUCCGUCGUUGUCCCCAACGACCCUGACCUCAUCGACAUUUUGGCCAUGAACGGCGUCGAUAUUUCCGUCUCCGAAGGCGAUUCGGGAGGUGGCCUAUUCAAUUUCAUCGGCAAUUUGUUGUUCCCAAUCUUGGCCUUUGCCGGAUUGUUCCUUCUUUUUCGGCGAGCUGGUGGAGGCCCAGGAGGGCCAGGCGGGCUGGGCGGCCCCAUGGAUUUCGGAAGGUCCAAGUCCAAAUUCCAAGAAGUUCCAGAGACGGGGGUGACUUUCUCCGAUGUAGCUGGAGCUGACCAAGCAAAAUUGGAGCUGCAGGAGGUGGUGGAUUUCUUGAAGAACCCAGACAAGUACACCGCCCUCGGUGCCAAAAUCCCAAAAGGAUGUCUUUUGGUGGGUCCACCUGGUACCGGCAAGACCCUUCUGGCUCGCGCCGUGGCCGGAGAGGCUGGGACCCCGUUUUUCUCGUGCGCGGCUUCCGAGUUCGUGGAGUUGUUUGUGGGAGUGGGGGCGUCGAGAGUGCGGGACUUGUUCGAGAAGGCCAAGUCGAAAGCGCCGUGCAUUGUGUUCAUCGAUGAGAUAGAUGCGGUGGGGAGGCAGAGAGGCGCGGGGAUGGGCGGCGGGAAUGAUGAGAGGGAGCAGACUAUUAAUCAGCUGCUGACGGAGAUGGAUGGGUUUUCUGGUAAUUCCGGUGUGAUUGUUUUGGCGGCAACCAACAGGCCGGAUGUUCUUGACUCGGCGUUGUUGAGGCCCGGAAGGUUUGACCGACAGGUGACCGUCGACAGGCCCGAUGUUGCUGGCAGAGUUAAAAUACUGCAGGUGCACUCUAGAGGGAAGGCGCUUGCUAAGGAUGUGGACUUUGACAAAAUUGCGAGGAGAACACCCGGUUUCACUGGCGCCGAUCUGCAGAACCUGAUGAACGAGGCUGCCAUUCUCGCAGCCAGACGUGACCUCAAAGAAAUAAGUAAGGAUGAGAUCGCCGAUGCUCUGGAGCGGAUCAUUGCUGGACCAGAGAAGAAAAAUGCUGUUGUCUCUGAAGACAAGAAGAAAUUAGUCGCCUACCAUGAGGCGGGGCAUGCUCUUGUUGGUGCAUUGAUGCCUGAAUAUGAUCCUGUUGCUAAGAUAUCCAUCAUCCCUCGUGGCCAAGCUGGCGGUUUCACCUUCUUCGCUCCAAGUGAAGAGAGACUUGAGUCUGGACUGUACAGUAGAAGCUACCUGGAGAAUCAAAUGGUUGUUGCCCUCGGUGGAAGGGUUGCGGAAGAAGUUAGCUUUGGUCAGGAGAAUGUGACAACAGGGGCAUCAAGCGACUUCAUGCGAGUUUCAAGGGUGGCAAGGCAGAUGGUUGAGAGAUUUGGAUUCAGCAAAAAGAUUGGACAAAUUGCGGUGGGUGCCUCUGGUGGCAAUCCCUUCUUAGGGCAAAUGAUGUCGUCCCAAAAGGACUACUCCAUGGCAACUGCUGAUAUUGUGGAUGGAGAGGUUAGGGAAUUGGUAGAGACAGCUUAUUCGAGGGCCACACAGAUCAUCACAACUCACAUCGAUAUCCUCCACAAACUUGCCCAGCUCCUCAUAGAGAAGGAAACUGUUGAUGGUGAAGAAUUCAUGAGCCUCUUCAUUGAUGGAAAGGCCGAGCUAUACGUUGGAUAGCUGGAUAGACACUAGACUCGAGCAAAUUCACGUAUUAACCAUCGCUCCGUGACAUCAUAAAAAUGAUGUAUCACAAGUUUCAUAUACACAAGUACACAUUAAGAACCAAUUAGUUAUUCAAUGAAAAAUUAGAGGAAAAGAAUGGCGCGGUACUUGAUACACAAGAUACAAGCAUCUCCCUCUACCUAUAUAUUGCACA